CUGAUCACAGACACAAACAGAGCUGUCCUCGCCUCUCCGCUCCCAAAACCCCAACCCUCCCACGCCGCGCCCAGGCAAACCCUAGCUACGCGGUGAGAGCGCCGCCCAGGCCAAUGGUGAGCCCGGCGGGGAGGAAUGCGGCGACGGCGGACCCCCCUGAAGAGCCGGCGCCGGCGGUGGGUGUCCCGGUCGAAACGCCGCCGAGGGUGGACGGGGGCAGCGCCGACCCAGAAGCGCGGACCGAGGCGGAGCUCGCGCUAGCCGCGCGGCCGCGGCUCCUCGACGAAGAAACCUACCGUCGUCUUCCGACUGCGCAAGCGCAGGACGACGACGACGAGGACCCCGACGUUGACGAUGCCGUGGUCAGCCUGGGACUCAAGGACGCGCUCCUGUCCAUGGCACUCUCCAUCGUCAGCGUUACAUCCACUGCACCAGACGGGAGCAAGACCGUCCGGUGCAGCGGCAUCGUUGUUGGAGUGUGUUCCGAUGGGGCCGGCAAGCACGCGAGGAUACUGACGGCCUCUGCAGCUGUCUGCACCUCCCAGGGCGUACUGCAGGAUCCAAAGCCCAAGCUGUCCGUACGUCUGCCGGAUGGGACUGAUUUCGAGGGACAGUUGUUGUUCUUCAACGACCACUAUGGUCUUGCCUUGCUGGAUAUCACGGUGGACAUCGAACCGCCGGUAGCUUCUUUUGGCGUCAGCCCAGAGUAUGGUCAGGAGGUUUUUGUGUUGGCUAGAGGUGAAUCCGUGAUGGCUAGGCAUGGGACAAUCUUGCUUCUAGAAGAACCGUUUCUAGGUCGCAACCACAACAUGUUUCUCAGCUGUAAAAUACCUGAGUGGGGCACGGGAGGGGCCGUGAUUGACCAUGAUGGCAGAGUGACAGGGAUGGCAUUUUUUCAUAGCCCCAAUCCAGCUAUUAUUACCACCUCUACUAUCCUCAUAUGCAUUGAGAUGUGGACUCAGUACAGUUGUAUUGCUCGCCCUGUGCUCGGUAUGCACUUGCGGGCCGUGGAUCUACUGGAUUUAUCACUCCGGGAGCAGCUUUCUAUCUGCCAUGAUAUCAAUAAGGGUUUCAUAGUAGAUCAGGUAAUUAUUGAUUCUGCUGCUGAGAGGCUUGGUAUUAGACAAGGAAAUGUGAUUGUUUUCCGUGAGAUGUGUGGUUCCACUCUACCUGAGCAGUUGGAAGAUUUUCUUCUCUUUCGUGGUUGGGAAUACCUGCAGAGGAACAUUGACUCAUGCCUGAUGGUAGAUUUUAAGCUUGAUGUUCAUGAUCUCCUCGGACGAGCUAGGAGAAACAUUACCUUGACUGUAGGCCUAUCCGAUUCUUCUGAGCUGGUAGAGAACAACUGGUGUAAGCUUGAUUCUCCCCGUCAGGUUUCAACCCUCAGUGACCCUGAUUCAGCUGCUGCUUUGCACUCACUUCAAGACAGGGACAUGGUCCUGACUGCGGUACGCUCUGUCGUUGGUGUUUCGUCCACCAGGCCUGAUACCAACAAUGUUUUCCAGUGCACAGGCAUCGUCAUUGCAAUUACAUCUAAUGAGGCGGGCAAGCAUGCUAGAAUCCUGACGUCGUCCAGUAUCUUUUGUAGUGAUGAGGGCAACCUACAUCAUCCAGAACAAAAGGUAUUUGUUCAUCUGCCAAACAAAACCAUCUUGGAGGGACAUCUGUCAUUCCUCAACACUCACUACCAGAUUGCUUUACUGGAUAUCUCAACUGACUACCCACUGAGAUCUGCUAGUUUUGGUCAAAUGCCACAAUAUGGGCAGAAGGUAUUUCUGUUGGGUAGAGACAAAGAGUGCUCGGUGAUUGUUAGGCGUGAAUUGAUCUCAACAUUGGAGCAAUCUUCUUCAGGACGCAACCAUUACAUGUUCCUUACUUGUGAAUGUGGUGCUCCUAUGGAUUUCUUUGGAGGACCAGUUAUUGAUACGUACGGUAAUAUGAUGGGUGUCAUUAUUGCUCAUUAUCCAAAAGUGGCCAUUAUUUCCAGUACUACAGUGAAAACAUGCAUUGACAUGUGGGAGAAGUUCAGAUGUAUUGCUCGCCCUAUGAUUGAUAUGGACUUGAGGGCAGUUGGGCUGCUGGGGAUUGGGCAGCACGACAAGCUCUCGUGUCAAUACAACAUCGAAAGGGGUUUCGUUGUUGAUAUGGUGCGUUAUGGUUCUGCUGCUGAGAAGAAUGGCAUUAGAAAAGGACGUGUCGAUGUCAUUGAGAUCAUUGAUGAAGAGUGUGGUUCAACGCUACCUCAGCUGGAAGACUACCUUCUUACACUAGGUUGGAGAUUCUUGCACCAGGGCUUUGAUCCGCGCUCGACGACAGACUUGAUGAUUCGAGUCCAUGAUCUGCUCCAACGUACCAGUAGAGAUGUUCAGUUGCCGCUGCCAUAUGCCUUGAGUUGAGGCAUUGUGGAUGAGUUGCAGCGUCAUUCUUAUGAAGACUCUGAAGAAUCUUAAGCACCAUGGUCACUGUAAAUCUUAAGGACUUCAAGCAGCAUUUUUCUGUAUCUUCUCUGUACUGUGGGUAUAAAACUGGUGUAGAAUCAUUUUCCACUUUUUGUGGGUUUUUUUGGCGGGAGAAAUGUUAUGGGCCAUCUGUAUGUGAUGCUGAUCCAGCAACUGAUAUUUUACCUUACUCUAGAAUCCUUGAUGACGUCAGAGGAGUGUGUUCCGGUGUUUAACGUAAUGUAACAUUGGGCCUUUUUUUUCAAACAGUAACAUUGGGGCUUUAUGACAGCGGUUAGUUCAGUA